CCAGCCUAACAGUACAACAGUAGACCAAAUGCAUGUGAUGCACUUCAGACCAGUCUCAUUUGCUCUUGCUUGCUUGUCUGAGCCGUCUCUUUUGCACAGCCAAAUCCCCUGCCCCCCCUUCCUCGGCACCCAGUCUGGUCCCUUGUCGUCCUUGCGCUAUUUAGCUCUCUUUUCCCGUUUCCUCUGAUGGAAUGGCGCUGAAUGAGCUGACCGACCUCCUCGUCCAGGCGCCAGUGAGCUUGCUCGUGCUCGUCGUCCCGGCGCUGCUCCCGCCGUCCUGGCGCCCGCAGUCCCUCGACGCCGACCAUGUCAAGGGCGCCAUGCCUGCCAGCACCCACGGACAGAGCCUCUGGAGCACCCUCUUCUCCCGCUCCGGCGGUGGUGCCAGCUCAGUCCUCCUCGGCGGCACGUCAUCAUCCUUGUCGUCGUCGUCGUCGUCGUACUCGGCCUAUGACGCACUGCCCGAGCUCGGCGACCCCAACGAGCCGUUCGUCGCAGUCCUGCUGAGUGGCAUUGCGUUCGUCGGCCUGCUGCUGCUGCUCGCUGGCCAUCGCUUCUUCAGCCAGUUUGUGUUUGGCGUCGCGUUCGUCGCCGCGUUCGCAACGCUGGCCAAGCUCGACUCGGCGUCGGAUGGCGCUGGGACGAUCCUGCCAAACAUUGCCGCUGCACUGGUGGUCGCAAUGGCCACGCUGUUCACCUACCGCGUCGUGUGCACGCGCAUGGCCACGAUCGUCGGAGCGGGUCUCGGACUGGUCCUCGCCUGCUUUGUCUAUGUCGGCACUGUGGUCGUGCUGUCCACACUCGGUGGAUCGGCGUUGAUGAACUUUCAGCUGCAUUGCGUCCCGGCAGUGGCCGCACUCGAGCCCUUCACGAACGGCAUCUUUGGCGCAAUCACUGCGAUUCUGGAAGGGUUUGUCGCAACCUCCGUGGGCCCGGACGCGGAUGCCGGCCGCGGCCUCUCGGACAAGGCGCACAGUGCAUCGUCUUAUCGGAGUGCGGCGCGUGCGACGACUUCUCCUUCGUCCUCCUCGGAUGGCUCGUGGUGGCCGUUCUCUGGGUUUUUUGGUGGACAUGUGCCGCCUGCUGCGCCCCAGAUGCAAAUCACGUACGCUUCGCUCAUUGUGCUGCUCGCGCUGAUUGUUUCCAUCAGUGUUGGCAGGCUUGUGGCCAAAUCACUGCACGAGUCGUUUAUCGUCCGUCUGAUUCCAACCUGGGUGGACAAGUGCUUUGCGCCCGUGCGCUUCAUCUCGUACAUUGUCGGCUUUCUGACGUAUGCGAUUCUAACGCACGUGACGCACGUCUAUCUCGACGCCAGCGACAGCAGUGCGUUUGUUCUCGACGUCGAUCCGACCGACAUUUUCCAUCCGCUCCUCGUCCCGCUGACCCUCACACUCAAACCCUGGCGGCUGGCACAGCUUCUUGCCGUCCCAGUCAUUUCUGCUGGGUUUGUUCACGGAUUUAGCAUUGCCGCGAGCUUGCUCUGGCAGCUGGAAAUGCUCGUCAGCUCUGCUGUUGGCGCCUCGAUGCUCUUUGCGCUUCCGCGACUGGUCAAGGUGGAGGAACCCGUGUCGGGCUCGCUUGUGAUUUGGUUUUUGCUGGUUAUUCUCGGCGCGACCGUCCAGAACACGCACGCCGGUGCUGAGGGCGAUGUUCGGCCUCCGCCCACCCCAUCCAGCGCUCGCAGUCCCUCCAGCGGCAGCAGCAGCGCGUUUUUCAUUGAGCGACCGGGGUCAAGAAGCUCUCCGACUGUAUUCUUCCGCGAGACUGCUUACUUGGACGACUGAAAAACAAAAAGGGGGGUUCGUGUUGUUGUUGUUGUUGUUGUUGUUGUUGUUAUGCAUGGCAUGUUAGAAUUUUGUUGUGAAAUACAGUAUCAAAUCUCAGAGAA